AUGUUAUGUCAAAAGGUUACAGUUCAACAACAAAUUUCAAGUUUUGAUGAAGAUGAAAUGUCUAAUGGAACAGAUGCUAUGGAAACUUUUGAAAUUACAUCAGGAGGGUAUUAUGAUAUAGGGGAUCCUGUCAUUGAAUGUCAAUAUUGUGGUGCAAAUAUGUGGUCAAAAAGUGGAGUUGAUGUUAAUAUUGUGAGAAAACUAUCUGAAAUGUUAUAUGAACAUAAUGUUCAUGCACAAUCAUUUCGCAUGGCAAGGGACAGACUUUGUGAAGAAGGUGUUUCUGAUUUAAAACUUCGUUUAAUAUCUGAACGAAGAAAUGAUGGAAGGAUAUAUAAUCAACCAACUGUAUCCGAAGUAGCUGCUUUAAUUGUUGGAGAUGUCGACACUGCAGAAAAAAGAGACAUUAUAGUGCAAAAACAAUGUGGCGAACUUCAAAGGAUAGAUGAGUAUCAUACCAGUUAUUUAGGAUAUCAGUACCCAUUAUUAUUUCCAUAUGGUGAGGAUGGAUAUAGACCUAAUGUGAGGCACCGUGAUAAAGGGACAAAUAUUCGCCACUUCACAGACAUAACACAGUCAGAACAGAACAAUAAAGAUAUUCCUUGGGAAGAAGCAACAAAGCGAAAUCGACUUACAAUAAGAGAGUGGUUGGCCUUUAGAAUUCAAUCAAGAUAUAAUGAAGCACAAACAUUGUUGCGAUCAAGGAGACUUUAUCAACAAUUUUUGGUAGAUGGUUUUACAAUGAUGGAAUCAGAAAGACUUAGGUGGCUUCGAAAGAAUCAGUCAAAACUGAGGGUUGGCAAGUAUCACAAUUUGAAUGAAUAUAAUUCAAAUGGAGAAACGCACGGGUCAAACACAGGUAAGAGGGUUGUGCUACCUUCUUCAUACGUUGGUAGUCGUAGAUAUAUGGAUCAACUAUACUUUGACGGAAUGGCAAUAUGCAGCUAUGUCGGAUUUCCAGAUCUUUUCAUUACAUUCACAUGUAACCCCAACUGGCCUGAAAUUCAGCGUUUGCUUGGUUCUGUUCAUCUAAAAGCAUCAGAUCGUCCUGACAUCAUUUCAAGAGUCUUUAAAAUGAAAUUUGAUGAGCUUUUGUCUGAUCUCAAAAAGAAAAGUCUAUUGGGGAAAGUUCUUGCAUAUAUGUAUACAAUUGAGUUUCAAAAGAGAGGAUUACCACAUGCUCACAUCUUAAUUUUCCUCCAUCCAUCUAACAAAUAUCCAACUCCAAGUGAUAUUGAUCGCAUUAUUUCAGCUGAAAUACCUGACCAAGAUACCAAUGAAGAGUUGUAUAAUUUGUUUCAGCCCGAAACAAUUGUUGAUCAAGAUGGGUUUCCGGUAUAUAGAAGAAGGGACAAUGGACAUACAGUUCUUAAGAAUGGAAUUCAAGUCGAUAACCGGAAUGUUGUUCCAUACAAUGCAAAGUUGUUGACAAAGUACCAAGCUCACAUAAACAUGAAAUGGUGCAAUCAAAGUACAUCGAUUAAGUACUUAUUCAAGUACAUCAACAAAGGUUACGACAGAAUCACCGCUGCCAUUGUACCGAAUGAUGAUGGAACUUCCAACCAGCCGCAGAAUAUUGAUGAGAUCAAACAGUACGUUUCUCCGAGUGAAGCAUCUUGGAGGAUAUUCUCCUUUCCAAUCCAUGGUAGAAAACCAGUUGUUGAGAGAUUGUACUUUCAUUGUGAAGGUCAAAAUUCGGUAUAUUACACUGAUUUUGAUCGUAUCAAUACAGUUCUGGAAAAACCAAGUGUAACUGAAUCGAUGUUUACAUCAUGGUUCGAAGCAAAUUGCAAGUAUCCUGAAGCACAAAAUUUAACUUACAGCAAAUUUGUUUCAAAAUUUGUUUAUGUUAAGAAAAAAAGAGAAUGGAAACCCCGUCAAAAAGGUUACACAAUUGGUAGGCUUAUAUGGGUUCCUCCAACAACUGACGAAUUGUACUAUCUUAGAUUGAUGCUCACACAUGUCAAAGGCCCCCGCAGUUAUAAUGAUAUAAAAACAGUGAAUAACGUAAAAUAUGAUACUUUCUGGGAUGCCUGUUUUGCUAUGGGUUUUAUCGGCGAUGAUAGAGAAUUCAUUGCAGCUAUUAAAGAGGCAAAUCAUUGGGGUUCAAGUCAAUAUUUGAGAUUACUAUUUGUUCACAUGUUAUUAUCAGGCAGCAUUAACAGGCCAAGACAUGUAUGGAGUAAAACAUGUCAUCUCUUAGCUGAUGGAAUACUAUAUGCUCAACAGCAAAUUGCAAACAAUAGAGGUUUGAGGUUGUCGGAUGAAGAGAUAAUGAAUUUAACAUUAAUUGAGAUUGAACGAAAUCUUCAAAGGAAGAGCCGAAGUCUAAAGGAAUUUGCUGGAAUGCCUUAUCCAAGUGGAUAUGUGGUUGAGCAGUUGGGAAAUAAGCUCAUAUACGAAGAGCGGAGUUACAAUCCAGCCGAACAAUUGCAAGAAUACAAUAAUUUGUUCUUAAAUCUUACAGAUGAGCAAAGAGGUGUAUUCAAGCGAAUAAUGGAAGCAGUAAACAAUCAACAAGGAGACCUUACAAAGAACAUGCGACUCCAACAAGCCGGCAAUACUUCAAGUACAUCUGAAUUAGAAUUGUUUUCUAAUUGGAUAUUAAAAGUUGGCGAUGGAAAAUUGGAAGAACCUAACGAUGGUUACACGGAUAUUCCUAUUCCAAAUGAUUUCUUAAUUUCUAACUAUGAUGAUCCACUAGAAGCCAUUGUUAGUGAAACAUAUCCGAAUUUUCUUAACAAUUACAAGAAUCCAGAAUUUUUGCAAUCAAGAGCUAUAUUGGCAGGAACAAUUGAAACGGUUGACAUCAUAAAUCAAUACGUUUUGGGAUUCAUACCAGGUGAAGAAAAGGAAUAUUUAAGUUUAGAUUUUGUAGACACUUUUGACGGUGAAGGAAAUGAAGCUUUUGAUGUUUUGACCCCGAAAUUUUUGAAUACACUUACAACUUCCGGUCUACCUAACCACAAGAUUAAAUUGAAGAUUGGGACCCCUAUUAUGUUGCUUCGAAACAUUGAUCAACCUGAAGGUCUCUGCAAUGGAACAAGGCUUAUAGUUACAAGAUUGACAAACCACGUUAUCGAGGCAAAGAUUAUAUCUGAAAAGAAUAUUUGA